GUGAAAGUUCCGGCAUUGCCAUAUACACGAAUCGCUACAAAACUGUGCAGUGAUAAUUCGUCGGCGCGAGUGCUCGAGCCGGGGAGUAAACAAAGCAGCGCUCGAAGUUUUUGCGAAUUCGUAAAAAAUAUAAAAGUGAUUUGAGAUGAAUUUGCUGAUCGGGAUUUUGAUGGUCGUUGCGUGUGCUUGCGCGCAGAGCUUCUUCUCGAGGAAUCGUUUCAGGAGGUUUCCUGGGGAUACUAGAGCGGCUCCGAGGAUUUCGCUGAAGCAGAGAUUCACAAAUAGGAUUAUGCAGCAUAGGCAGAGGAAUACGGCAAGAGUUUGUUAUGAUACGGUUGGAUGUUUCGAGGUGCCACAUUCGAGAUCACCGCUGCAGAAGACACCGGAAGCACCGGAAACAUUGGACACCAAGUUCUUCCUGUUUCGUAGAAACAUCAACUUUUCAGAACCGGAAGUCAUUUAUUACGAAGACGGCGGUAAAAGCCUUUCGGCGUCAAAGUUCAAUUUCGAACAACCCUUAAGGAUCUUCAUACAUGGGUACAUGAGUAAAUGGAACGAGCGUGGAGCUUUCGUCUUUGCAGAUUCUUUUCUCAAAAUGAAUGACAGUAAUUUCAUUGUCAUGGAUUGGUCUAAAGGUGCCAGAGGACCUCAGUAUACUACAGCAGCAGCAAACACGGAAUUAGCAGGAAGACAACUUGGUAUACUGCUGAUGGCUAUGAUCAACAACGGAUUGAGCUCUAAGAAAAUUCAUUUGAUCGGAUUUUCCUUGGGUGCUCACGUCGCUGGAUGCGCUUCAGAACUGUUAAAAUCUAACGGAAAGAUGUUGGGAAGGAUCACCGGACUGGACGCCGCUGGACCUUUGUUCCGACACAACCAUCUGAAGGAGCGGUCCAAGAAAUUGGACAUAUCCGACGCGGAUUUCGUUGAUGUUUUACACACUGACUCGAGUCCGGUUUUCGUUGAUGGUUUCGGUCUUUGGGAACCAAUCGGACACGUCGAUUACUUCGCCAAUGGAGGUCAAGAACAACCUGGCUGCACUGACAGACAUCCUUCUGUUGUCGUCACUACUUUUGAAAGGACUUUAAGUAGAGACACAGCCUGUAGCCACAUCAGAGCAGUCCACUUAUUCCUGGAGUAUCUUCAGAACAAAUUGUCCGGAAACGGAUGCGAAUUCACGGCGUUUAAAUGCCCCGGAGGACUUCCUUCCUUGUCAACGGUCAAUGCUUCCCGCAACUUGGGGAUAGGGAAACAGAUAAAUUGGCUUUGAGCCCUAAAUACCACGAUUUGGGAACGUUCGGAGAGCCGAGAGGUGAUGGUGUCAUGUACUUUGUGACGCGCGGCAA